AUGGCUGAGGAUGCAAUCGCACCUCUUGCUGUCGUUGAAAAGAAUUCUUCAGUUUUCGACAGAGUUUAUGAGAACUUGAAUGAAAAUCCUUAUUUUAAAGCUGGUGCAGGAUUAGCGGGAAUCGGUUUCAUUUUUUAUAAAAAAGAAGUUCAUGAAUUUGUUUCUAGGGUUGGCGGCCAGCGUUUUCCGAAGGUUCGCCAUCAUCGGGAACACAUUUUUCAGAAGGAGGUUCAUGAUCUCGCUACAAAUCAACAACGAAGACGCGUACGUGGCUCGACUUUGAUAUCGGACGUUGAUUUAGUUCCUAUCCUUGGUUGUUAGAUUUCAUCAAUCGACGAAGUGUGAACCAAACACGGAAUCUGUCGGUGAAUACAGUCGUCCAACAGGCGGAAAGCGGCAAAACCGCCUUGUCCAUAUCGUAUUUACCUGGCCACGGGACUCAUUUCUUUGUUCAUAAUUAUAGGUAUUUGGAAAAUUUCUAUAAGGUGAAGUUUUGUGUUCAGAUGGAUAAAAAUUGAGCGGCAGCGGGAGAAACAGGUCAUCCAACGUGAUGGGAUAAGAACUCCGUUUGAAACAGUCACACUGACGACCCUGGGCUCGGACGUCGGGUUCUUCAAGCAAAUGUUGAGCGAUUCGGCUAGGGAAGCCAUCGAAAAUGUGAUUUUUUCGAUUUACAACAGCCUCCUUGGUGUUUAGAAAGUACAGGCGGAACUCACAAACUGUUUCAAAUCAGAAAUUUUUUUCUGAAAUAGUCUUUCCAGUGUUUUUGUAACUUUGUAAAGUCCGUAUAGAUAACAGAAAAAAACAAGUUUCUCCAAGUUCUUCUUACUUUUUUUGAAGCUGGAACAUUCUGUUUUUUUAAAUGGAUUACGAAUAAACCAUUUCAAUCAGAAAUUUCGAUCGCAAUAAAAUUAGAAAAAUUGAAAAAUAAGCUUGGAUUCCUUUAGACACCCAAAAAAUCCCAAUUUCAAAUUACUAGAACUUUUUAAAUUUCUGCAGUUCGGGACACUCUCUUAAGAAAAAUGAUCAUUAUCGAAGUCCUGAUCAGUUUUUAAUUUGAUAACAAUUAAACAUCAAAAUGAGAUUGCAAUUUCAGACCGAGACUGGCCUUGUGAUUUAUCAAGCCAUCGGGCCGCAAUGGGUGCGAUUUGGGGUACCCAGAAAGAAGCGGGACAUCGAAACGGUUAUUUUUGGACGCUACUAUUCGGGAAGAACUCAUCAGCGACUUUCAAGAGUUUGCCAGCUCCUCGAAAUGGUAAGGGGUGGGAAAUUUUGAGAGAAAAAUGAAAAUUUGAAAAGACAUUUAAUCAGGAUGAUGAGAUUUCUUUCUUUCCAAGAUUUUUUCUCACGCAUUUUAAGAAAUGUCCUUUUUUCGACUCUAUAGUCUCUUUUUUCAUUACUUUUUGAUCUGUUCGAGGAAUUUCAACAACUGAAAUCCAUAGAACGGCGUUGGUGGGAUCAUUUUUUCGAAAAAUUCCAUUUUUUCGACUUUUUUUGAUGGAAUUUCAACUCCUUUCAAGCUUACCAUGUUUAUUUUUUAUGAAUUUCCGAGAAAAUGACCUUUUUCGACUUUUUGGUCUAUUUUUAUCUAGGAAAUUUCGAUUUCUGCUCUUUUCAAUGUUUUUGUCUCCUCAGGAAUGUUCACAACCGAUUUCCAUAAAAAGACGCUGAUGUGAUCUAUUUUUUUCUAAAAAAAUUCUGUUUUUGUGUUUUUUUUUUCAAUGAAAUAAUAAAUCCCCUAUCCACUGAAGCUUGGUAAUUGGGGGUUCGAAUCCUUUUCUGCUUAGAAUUCUGAUCAAGCUGCAUAGCCGACGCAUUUCAAAUGCGAAUAAGACCUAGAAGCUUCUUAAUUUUCGCUUUCAAUGGAGAAAAGGGGUUCGAUUUGGAUGCAAAGUAACAAAAUUGGUUCUUUGAGCUUUAAUUUUGAGUGAAAAUACGCUAUUUAGCUUCCCAAAAAGCUUUAAUUUGGUGGCGUAGUUAAGAACUUUUAUUUCGAAACUAAAACUCGGUAGAAUUUACAGAGCUUGGGUUUUGAGUAAAAAAGGCUAGGAAUCUCAUGAAUAAUAAAACUAAAAAUUUUGGGAAAUUUCGAUCCUCGAACGUCAAAAAAGUAAAGUGAAACGAGAAAUUGCGUAGCCCCAUUUUGAAAAAAGUUUCGAAAAUGCUGAAAUUCGACGUUAUCGGAACAAAUCUGUGGAACCCUUAUACGUUACGUUUCAACUUCAUUUUAAAUUUUGAGAGAGUGAUAUCGAAGCUUAAUAUAGUCAUCCUACGAUUAUAAAACUGAAAAAAAUUCUAGGUUCAAAAUUUAUUCAACUUGUAAACUUUAUUUCGCAAUAAAGAAAACCUAAAACUUUUAUAUUUGUUUGAAAAAUUUUCAAACUUCUUCAUUCAUCAAGAAAAUGAUGCAGCGUAAAAUCUUUUCUAAAAAUUUCAAAAUUAUCUCUGAUACUCCAAAGCUUAGAUAUCUUUCUCACUUUCUGACGGCUAUAUUUAAAUAUCUUUUAAAAAAAAUCUGUGAAAAUUUUUGUAUGCCCUGUUCAAAGAGGUCCCGCGAAUUUCGAGAAAAGUGAAAAAGAAAAAAAUAAAUUUUGGAGAAUCAGAGAUAAUUAUGAAUUUUCUUCAAUCCUUCUUUUUCUUUUUGAAUUCUCUUCAACCCGUUUUGUCUCUAGGUACGCCGACCGAGGCGUUCCCUACAGACGAGGCUAUUUGUUCUACGGACCUCCGGGUACCGGGAAAAGUAGCUUCAUUUCGGCGUUGGCCAGCCACUUUGGGUACAGCGUUUGCAUGCUCUCGCUGAGCGAGAGGACGUUGGAUGAUGAUAGGUUUUUCUUCUUUUUUUUGGGAGAAACUUUGCAAAACCGGCCCUGCUUAGGAGCUUCAGAGUGGUCCCUAUACUAUAAAAUUUUUAGUGGCCACUGUAGGGUUUUGAAGUUUUAGUGGCCACUACAGUAGUAAAAUGAAUGGCCACUAUAGGGUUUAAAAAUUAGUGGUCACUAUAGAGGUGGAUUAUGUGGCCACUUUAGUGUCCUCUCCAAGUAGUCCUUGGCUAGCCUCUAUAGUGGCCUUUGAAAUUUUUCCCAGCAGCAUUGAAGUCAAAAUCCAACACUUGAAAAGAAAGUGCAGAACUCUGGAAUUUAGAAAAAUAUUUCAGACUGAAUCACUUGCUCAACACGGCCCCUCCCAACAGUAUUUUGAUCUUGGAGGAUAUCGACGCGGCUUUCGUCAGUCGAGAAGAUCCCCUGGCUCAACAUCCGGCUUAUCAGGGAAUGUCGAGGUAGCUUUCUAAAGAGAGGAAUUGAAAAGAAUUAAACAAGAAACUCGAAGAAAAGUAGUUUCCAUAAUAGGAAUUGAUGGAGAUCCUUUUUAUUCAAGGUAGAUCUGAAAAGGCCACGAAAAAAAAAAUCUCAAAAUGUCCCUAAAGGCUCAAAAGACCUCCCUUUUUGCCUGGAGUAAGCCUACUUCUCUCCUUUUUCACCUGAUUUCGAACAGAUAAGGUACCUUAAUUUAAAGGCGCAUGGCCGGGGUCCUAGAAUGUGUUUUGAAAAUUUUCCGAUUUUCUCUUGCCGGUGGGCUUUCUGCUCUUUCAAAAUUUUUUAAAAAUUUGUAUCUAUUCUCCUGUUAAUUCCUAUCAUUCUAUGCAAUAAAAAAGCGUUUCCUUUUAAAGGCGCAUGAUUCUAAAACGGAUUUUGAAUCGCCUCUGUUUUCCAGAGUCACCUUCUCGGGUUUACUCAACGCUCUUGACGGGGUGGCGUGUGCAGAGGAGCGAGUCACCUUCAUGACGACCAACUAUGUGGAUCGUCUGGACCCGGCGUUGAUCAGGCCUGGCAGAGUCGACCGGAAACAGUUCUUCGGAUACGCUACUCCUGACAUGCUCAGAAAGGUAAUAAGUUUAGGAAAUUCUGAAAAAUUGGAUACUGUUUCUAUGAGGCUUCAUUGUGUCCCUAGGGUGGAUUAAUGUCAGAAAAUUUGAAAAAAUUGGCUUCUCACGGCAUUUUUGUCCUUUUGUAGGCUUGAGGAUGUAAAUUUUUUUUCAUCUUUUUGGAUGCAAAACACACUGGUUCCAAAAAACUUCAUAAAAAAUUUAAAUCAAAAGCCACAAUUCUGCCCGAAACCACCAAAAAAUUGAAAGCUGGAAUAAUUUCUCGGUUUUUGGAGCAAAAAACUGUGUUUUUUUUUCGCCAAUUUUUCCUCCAUCCUUCGACGGUAAUUUGACACCAAAAACUCAAGUGGAGUCCUUUUUUUCCAAAAUUUCCGCUCAAUUUUCAAGUAGCCCAAAAUUUUCAGAUGUUCAAGCGAUUCUACAUCUCCCAAUCGGAAGAUUUAUGCGAGGAGUUUGUCAAAAAGGCUCUGGCUCUGAAUGCCGACCUCUCCCCGGCUGCAAUUCAGGGCCAUUUCCUCUUCUACAAAGACAAUCCGAAAUUAGCGAUUGAGAACGUUGGAGACAUGGCUAGGAAGACAUCUUGA